AUAAAUGUAAUUGCAAAUGAGUUUGACUAUGAAUUCAGAAUAGGAAGCCAGCUUACAUGUCCAUUAUUUUAGUAGAAAAAUUAGUAAUAAUGAGACUGAACAAUGAUAACAGGGCAUGAGAUGAAUUCUCAUAGUUCAUGCUUAAACAAAGCCAAACCAGCAAAACAAGAACCUUACCAGACUUCUGUUCUCAUAAAGGAACUUAUUUAUAGGUGUUGAAAAGCCUUAUCUUACAACCACAGAUGUAUAAGAAAGCAGAAAACCCAAAAGUCUCAACUUCUGCAGAGCUAAGCAGAGUUUGACCUGUGAUCAUUCCUAUGCUGUGGAGGAAGGAAACUGUCCUGUCUGCAACUCUGGCUGAUUUGUGUAAAAUGCACUUCUUGGACACUGAGUCCAUUUUCCCUGCCGGAACCCUUGGAUGCAGCAGCUGUAAAUUGCUUCCACACAAUCCAACACCUGAGCAGACAGAAGAGAUGUGUCCAUCUGGUCACUCAUGUGAGGACAGACACGGACACAGCACUACUGCACAUGGGCUUUGGGAAUAGACAGCUUGGUGAUGGCUCGUGGAGCUCAAGAGCUGUUAAAUAUCACUGAAAAGACAAGUUUUAAGGCAUAAAAUAGCAGCAGGAUGGAAAGUGGGCAGUCCUAAAGAGAACCCCUCCACCCCUUCAAAGAGGGAAGCACUAUAUAAAGGAUUGCAAGGUGCUUCUGUGCUGUACCUAAGGACUGUUACAGCUGCUCUUCUAUUCUAUCUCUUUUUUUUCCUUAAUGGAGCUGAUCCUGACUUAAUUUUUUUGUACAGACAUCACCUUUUCUGAACUUUAAAUGCCUACCUGCCUCCUGACAUUGUAAAAGGAAAGUGUGCACUCUGAAAACCUACUUAUGUCAGAGAUAAAUUUUUAACUGUACUCUCCAGAUUCCAGUGCCAUCAUUUUCACUGCAGCAGUGGAGAUAAAACAGACACCAGACAGAAAUAUUUCCUCUCAGCAAAGGAAGGUGCCUGCAGCUUGUAUAGCUCUGAGCACUCAAGAAACACUGCCAUAAAUGAACAAUUCAUCGUGUCUUCAGCCAUCGCCAGCUACCACCGUAGCUCUCCCCAUCAUCUACUCCUGCCUCCUUCCCCCUGGAAUCUUUGGGAACAUUCUGGCCGCCUGGAUAUUUUCACGGAAAGCGCCCACCCGAAGGACACAGUACAUUUACCUGGCCAACCUCGUGGCUGCAAAUCUGCUGGUUUGCAGCACCAUGCCCUUCCUGGCCGCCUACUUUGCGGACGGGCACCGCUGGCCCUACGGCUCGGUGGCGUGCAGGAUCGCCCAUCACCUGGGGACGCUGGUCAUGCACGUCAGCAUGUACGUGACCAUCGCCAUCCUGUGCUCCAUCGCCCUCAGCCAGUAUGCCACGCUGAAGAGGAACAGCGGCACACAGCCGUCCCCAGCUCUCCCAGGAAACCUCCACGGGCGCCUGCUGCACAAGUUCCGGCGGCCAAAAUUCGCUAAAUAUUUGUGUGUGGUUAUCUGGCUGAUCGUGAUGUGCAUAACGGUCACAGCCAUCAUGUACAACGCUCAGGAGAGGGCUCCCGCCGAGUUCCCCACGUGCUACAACAUCAGGGUAGAAGCUGGUGAACGUCCUGCAAUGAUUGCAGGUUCCCUUGCCACUGUGUGCUUCUUUUUGUCUUUUAUGACUGUUUUGUGGUCGUACUAUUCUCUUACCAGACAUCUGAGCAGAAUACAAAAAAACACCUGUAUUGGAGAAAAACAUCUAAUUUACAGAACAGUGAAAAGAAACAUUCUUGUCAUCCAGAUGAUAUUAACUGUCUGCUUUCUUCCACACCAUAUUUUUAGGCCAAUUUUCUAUGCACUGCUUACAUAUAAUGACUGUCCAAGGUUAAACUAUCUAGUGGAAAUUAAAAAUUUCCUUACUUGUCUUGCUGCUGCUAAAAGCAGUUUAGAUCCAGUUAUAACCCUUCUGUUGGAUAAAACAUUUAAGAAAAGUCUUUAUGGCCUGUUUACAAAAUCCACACCAGAACAUCAAAAAGGCAAUGAUGAUACUUUCACUGAAAUGGGAAGGCAUAUGGAAAGAUUUUCAUAGACUGUAAAUAAUAACAAACAAAAUCUAACUACCUUUAGGCAGGCUUUGAUAUAAAAUGGUAAAUAUUUAAAUAAAAUUGUAACAUACUGUAUUUUAUUUUCAAAUAAUCUUGCUUGCUACACCAACAUUAGCCAUAAUAAAUCCAAUGUGUUUACCCAAACUAAUCCAAGGAGUUUGUACAGUGAACAGUGUAAUAACCAUUCAUGCACAUAAUACAAAAGACAUUUUACAUUUGACCUAUGGACAGCUCCUUUUACCUAAAAAAAGUCAAGGAAGAAACCAAAAUCUAGGCUGAAGUUGAGGACCCAGUUCUCUCUUGUUAUCAGUAGGUGUUCUGGACACAGGCUUCCUUUACAUGAAUACUGAACAAAGCACACUUUCCUUGGGAUGGCUGAACCAUAACUGUGCUACACAUCCAAUGGCCAAGUAACUGCAAAACUGAGUUUUGCAGAUGGCAAAGUGCUGCUGGCAGGAAUGGCUUUAGAUCAUCAGCUGCAAGUCUGGGUGAGCACUACCAAAGUGCUCUUCUAAUUUGCACAGACACAAACUCAAACCCCACCACUUCUGUCCUUUCCUGAAGUACAU